AUCUCCUCUGUUCUCCAGCACUGACACAAAUUGCAGGCAAAUGCUGAUGUGUUCCAUGCAGCGGCACGGACAGAGUGUCUGUUCAGCUGUGCGUCUCACGUCUUGGAUCAGAGGAGAAACAGACUGAGCUCCAGAAAACCAUCCUAAUUGUUAUUUUGUAAUAAUCGUUUUCGGUGCAUUCCUGCUUAUUAUUUAAAUGUAAACAACGUAUAUGAUUUGUGAUAAACUGCAACCAACGUGGCUAUGAAUGUACACACUGGAACUGGAAAGCAGAAUCUGUGGUGUAGUGACGCCAUCGCCCUAAAGCCGAACUCAAGGUGACGAAGAAGGUGAACUCAACAAUGUCUACAAUGACAGACAGUAAUGAGUGACAUACAGGCCAGCAGAGGGUAGAGCAGAACAAAGCUAUUCCACUGUUUGAGCAGGUGGACUGAUCUUCCCGUUAUCCCAGGUAAAACAGAGGAGUCUAUUUUCCAUUCAGGGUAGGACAAUGGAAAGGUGCCGGCACCCUCCGCUACUGCUGUGGUUUACUGCAGCCGUAGCAAUGAAUAUACUGGGAGGUAAUGCUGCACUUGCAGGAGAAGACAAACUGCAGGUAAAGAACUGGACCAACAACUCUCUGAAAGUUAUUCCUCAGUGUAACACCAGUUGCUCUGUUACUAAACUGCUGAUUGAAGGGAAUUUGAUCACUCUGAAUAAAGCUGACAGACUAGCCCUGGCUAGUUAUACCAGACUGGUAGAACUCCACCUGGGGGGUAACCUGGUGACUGGUAUACCAGCCAAAUACUUCUCUGUGGUACCACACCUCAGAGUGCUCUCUCUGUCGGGAAACAAAAUCAGCAGCCUGGACCCAGAGUCUUUCUCUGGGCUUGAUGAUCUGACAGAGGUGGACCUGUCCCACAACCUGCUGACAAGUCUCCACACACAGCUAUUCAGACAGCUAAAGACUCUACAGGUGCUGAACCUUCAGGAAAACCCCUGGAACUGUUCCUGCCCACUGCUGAGCAGUAUUGGAGCGCUCAAAGCAGCAGGAGUUACCAUUGGCUGUGCAGGGGGACCACGAGUCAGCUGUGCUUCUCCAGAAAAUCAGGUUGGAACGGAUCUUUUGGAGGCUACAGCUGUGUGUUACCCAUCAGCACCAGCACCAACCUUCACCACAGACCAACACAAAAUGCCAGUCAAUAUCCAGCAGUCUAGGGCCUCAACCACUGUGCUGCAGACCACGUUGAAGAGCCAGAACCACAACAAUAAAGACCAGACACCUGUGCUCGGCAACUCAUGGAAGUUCACAGCGUGUGUUGUAGCCUUGGCUCUGUUCACCUCCAUGCUCAUCGUAUGUGCCAUAAAGGGGCCUUCCUGGUACAGGCUCUUCCAUAACUACCGCCAUCGGAGACUACGCCAAGAAGAGGAUGGGGAUGCGGUGUCCACAGUUUUCUCAGACACAGGGACACACUUGAGUCAUCAGACAUUCACCUUUAGGCAAGACAACGGGCGGAUGGAGGGGGAGCAAGAGGAGGAGGAGGAUGGGUAUUUUGAGGAUCCAUACAUCAAGAGGGAAGAGUGA